AUGGGUGGAGGCUGUGCAUCAUCUCCGCGAGCUCACGCUGCGCGCGCUGCAGUCGCCACAGCCAGGCGGCGAGAGCGACAUUUGAAUUCGGUUUCGCAAAAUUCGUGGUUUCUCUGCACGACAUCUACGAUGUAUCGCCGAUCAAAAUCAUGCAGGGAAGUGCCAGAACGCACGCUGACAAGAAGCGACAUAUUUAAACUUGUACAGGGUAUUCGAACUAGAAAGCACAGAAAAACAGCAGCUGCAGAUGAAUUAUCUGACAAGUCGGAAGAAUCGCGGUCGCAAGAGCCUUCCAGCGAGCACCUUGAGAGUAAAGAGACGAGGAGCGGCGUGAAUGUAUGCAUAUUUCCUUGCAACAAUCCAAUCGAACACGUCAUUGCAGAAUGUUAUAAACACGUCAACCAUGGCCGGCGUUUAUCAACAGGAAAUUCGCAUUCAGCUGGGAGUGAAGCAUUAAGCUUGUCCACGUGCGAAAAUCUCUUGAGCCAGGUAGCGAAAAAAAUAGAGGAGCUGCAAAACGAGAUGAAACUUUAUCAGUCUCAUAACGAACACCUUAAGAAUCUGCAACAGCAGUACCACCAGAUGUUGAGCAAGCUCCAGAAAGACAAAGACGACUUUGAGGCACAUAAGGAAAAAGAAACAAACAAGCUCAAAAGCGAGCUUGAAGAAGAAAAGCGAAAAAUUAGGACACAGAGGCGAAGGCAAAACCUCAGCACAGUCACUAAGGCAGAAAUGAAAUCCUCUGCUUCAGCUGCUAAAGAUAAGUUGUGUCUUGAUUUUCAGAAUGUGAAUAAGGAAGCACAGAGCCAGAUCCAACGAAAAGUCAAUCUACUGGCAAGUGAGAAUGGGCGCCUGAAAGACAAGCUCCAAGUUGCAGACCAGGAGAAAAAUUCCUUGAAAGCUAUGGUGAAAGAACUGGAGGAGCAAAGAAUCGCUCUUCUUGAAAAGCUUGAAAAAAUUUAUGAGUUAAAGGGAUAUCCAAGCCUAAAUGAGCUGGCACUGUCACCGGCAUCACACUUUGUCAUGCCUAUGCUUAUACCUGCACCUAGUUCUCCUUUUCAGUCUGAUGGGGCACAGUUGGCAUUGGAAAGUGCACACGGAGAUAGCUUGUGCAUGGAGGCCAAGAACUGCAAGGAAACUGCAUUUGACUUUGGUAGCACACUGAACCUGAGUGGCACACCUGCAAAAUCAAAAGAACAGACAUCCGAGCCAUCGGCUGUCAUUUCUGCUACUGCUGUCACGUGCCUCUCCCUUGACAGCACAGUAGCAACCAGUUCUUUAGGGGUUUGCAACAAGGAAAAUUACACCCCUGCAUUGCGCAGAAAUGAUAGCCUUCAGAAAGAAAAGCUUGCCCACAGCCAGUCCUCCAAAACAGUAAGAUUUGCUGCAGACAUACAGACAAGUCAGAGUGAUAGCAGUGUAUUGGACAGCAUUGGCAGAACUACUGUGGUGGGCUUGCAAGGUGAACAUGUCCAAAGUGCCUCAGAUGAAUCUGCAGGGCAAAGAAUGGGAGAGCUAUGCAUAAGUUACAAAGAAAUCAGUUCAGACCAGAAGCUAUGUGAAGUACCUUUGACCGAAAUGCCCGUAAAAAAUGACAACUUUUUAGAUCGUAUCUCAAAGGUGACAAAAGUUGGGUUGAUCACGAAGGAAGUACUGACCAACACAUCAUUCAAAAGGCCCUCAGCUGAUGUUCUCCACUGGAAUGGAGCAUCUCAGAUGAGUCUGCACUCUGAUAAGUCUAGUUCAGUAAAUAUUACCACUGAAGAUAGUAAAAAAAAUGCUAAUCAAGGUCUGCGUCUGGUUUCCAGUUUGGUCGGGGAAUGUGAAGUUGCAAGAACAGAGUGUAAUGAAGGAUCUGAAAGUGACAGAUGCACAAGUGCGGACAUUCAGGCCACAAGGUGCGACCAAACAGACUUGGAAUCCUGCCAUGGGUCUGAGCAAAGCCAGUCAUGCCCUAAUGAGGAGCAAAUUGCUGAAGGAACUGACAAGACAUAUCGGAAACUAGUUAAAGAAUUGCAACACAAUGAACACACUAGCAGUGAUAUCAACGUCUCAAAAAAUGGGGAUCACUCAGAUUGGGAGUCUUAUGAAGAACCCGGGCAGGGCCCACUUGUAUGCGGUGCUCAGUGUGCAAAAAACACAGAAUGUUCAGAGGUUAAAAGUGCUGAACCUGGUAACGAAUGUACAAGUGACAUCAGUGAAGGGGGUACUCGUCAUGGAAGCCCAAAUGCAGAGGAAGCUGGAAACAGCCUCCAUGAGAUUCUCCAGGAGCUAGGAGGCCACUGCUCGUUGCAGGCUCCAAAAGCAAUGUCGCGGUGUUUUCUCCAGGACUGCCAAGCGUCUCAUUCAGUUAAUCGUUGGAAAAGGCCAGCUGAUUUAGCCGUGGUGUCACACCUCUCCGCAGACAGGAAGGUUAGCUCGCUUAUCAAGAAAUAUUCUCAAGUAUGCACUUCGAGUGAAGACACUAGUGGCUUGCCCGAGACCACGAGAGCACGCAAAUCUCAGUCUGCACAAAUUCAGUCAUCUAGCCUUAUGCGAGACCACAGCCUUGAUAAGCACAACAGCCGUACAUGGGCACUAGAUUCCAAUGGUCACAAGAUGUUACUCACUGUUGUGUCCAAGGAGAUAGACCCAUUUACUCAGGUCAUUAUCUACAAGUUUCAGAAUGGAGACCAAAAAGAUCUGCAUCCUGAUGGGAAAGUGGUCUAUCACUAUGCAAAGAGUCAAACUGUUCACACAGUUUACCCUUGUGGCCAGAAAGAAAUCAAAUUUGUCAAUGGUCAAGUCGAAACACACAGUGGGGAUGGAAAUGUUGAGGUGACGUACCCAGAUGGCACGGUUCGUCGAAUUUUCUCUACCGGGGAAGAAGAACAAAAGACACCGGAUGGCAUCGUGGCUCGGAGACUUAGAGAUGGCACAGAAACUAUUGACUACCCAAAUGGCCAGAAGGAGGUUCGCAGUGAACUGUACAGGAGUCGGUACUACCCAAAUGGCACUGUCAAGACGGUUUACGUUGAUGGGAAGCAAGUUACCAGGUAUCCCAAUGGACGAGUUAGAGUCAAAGAAGCUGACGGCACCGUCAGAGGCUAAUAGAAAUGAGUUGGUACUCUCCUUCAUCCUUACCACACUAUUUUUCCACAUAUUGCCUGCUGUAUUGCCAGGACAUUGCCUCUUGAAGGUUUUAGUGAUAUUUAUUACAUGCACGGUCCUAUAACAUUUCCAAAACCAAUAAAUAUGGUGUAAAUGUAGCAAGAUAA